ACGGAGGAGGACGGUUGCGUGUGAACCAACGAGGCCACCCGGUUCGCCCUCGACCGCGGCCGGCCUGCUGCCUGCCUUCCUUCGGAUCGCAGUAUAAUAGUUCGCGCGGAGCGUUCCGUCCGGUUGGUGUUCCGUUCAGUGCCGUCCAAUUCCGGGAACAGAAACAUUCGCUGUAGUGGUAGUGUUAGUUGUUGUUGUUAUUGUUAUUGUGAGGUAGUCCAGCGAGGAUUCAUUCGCCAGGGGUUUAUACUCCAAAGGGUCCGAGCGCGUGUCGUCUACUGAAUGCUUGUGUGUGCGUGACGGUGAUGUCCAGCCAGGGGACUGACACAGACCGGAAUCGUGGUGGUGGCAGCAGCAGCAACGGUGGUGGAACGGCAGCCCUACUAACCCAUCAGAACCUGCUGCGGCUUGCCCUGAAGAGACCGACCGAGUGGCAGUGGGAGCUGACGACGUCUAGCUCCUCGCCCAACAUUCACUUCCCUCGCAUCCAGCUGUACGAUGGUGCGAGCGGCGAGCUGAUGGUGGAGGUUGAUCGGCCGGACUGUGUGAUACGGUCGGCGGGCCCCCCCAACCCCGACCCAGACACAGAUCAAGCGCCGGUGGCCGGUCGUGGAUCGUACAGGCGCAGCCGGACCACACUGGUGAAGGAGCGCCUGGUGACGUCCGGUGACUCGCUGGCCGACAUCUUUAACCAGCUGCGGAGCAAGGGACUCGGCCACAAGCUCUCAACCAGUGGCUCCCAGUAUCGGUUGCUGCAGAAGAGCCAAUCGACGAGCGUGGUCGUUGCGCCGUCACAGGAACUGCCGUCGGAGUGUACGAUCCCGCACGGCCGCCGCUCUCGACGCCGAUCCACCGCUAGCCGUUCCUCCUCCAUCCUGGGGCGGAUCAGCGAGUUUUACGCCCAUCCUGGUAGCAGGAGCAGAAGCAGUAGUAGCAGCAGUUGCAGCAGCAGCACCACCACCACCACCGCCACUACCUGCUCAAUGCAGCAGGAAGUGGAGCAGCACAGGAAGACAUCACCAACACCAGCAGCAGCAGCAGCAGCAGCGGCAGCAGCAGUGCCACCUUCUAUACUCAUACUACCACCGGAGGAGCUGCCAUCAGCCGCACACGGUGUGACGAUCGAGGAAGUCGUGGAUGAACCACCGCGUCCUACUGCACCUCCGGAACUGGCAUCUCCGGCGGCGGCGACAAGGCCCAAAAUCUACAAGCUGGUACGCAGCAACGCCGGCACGCUGAUGGUGCGUGAGGAAAGCUUCCAUACGCAGCGCAGCUUACGGCGCCGGCAACGCCAACAGGCUGGUCUGGCGCCGGCUUCCCCAACACCACCACCACCACCACCACCUCCUCCUCCGGCACCGGCACCAGCGUCGCUUCUCGGUGACUGUGAGCCAUCCCGGUACGAGCCGGCAAUCAACCAUAUCGACCGGUUGCUGUCACAGGUGAUGCUCCGUUCGCAGGAUCUGCCCGAGGACCGGCCAGAACGGCGAUCGGUUCGUUCCGGUAGCCCGGCACCCAGCACCAGUCACCGGGGGCGUCGAAGAAGAAGAAGAAGACGGAGUGCCAGCGUGACCCCGGGGAGCGGCUCACCGGUUCGUCGGACUACGACGCCCCUCGGUCCGGUCGUCCGGCGUUCCUCGUCCAGCUCGCCGGCACCAUCCGCCACCGUUGGUGCACCGACGACGGUUCGACGCUCCAGCCGGACACCACGCCACCAACGACGCCAACGUUCCAGCUCCAGGGAACCGGGCACAGCUGGGUUAAUGCACGGUACAUACCGUGCGCAUGGGCAUGCCAGUGAGGCCCGGGCCGGGCCGGACCACGAUGGAGCGCGUCCGUCGAUCGGGCGACGAUCCGGAUCGGUCCGGAGUAUUGCAUCGAUCGCCGAUCUUCCUCCGACCAUUGCAGUGUCGGCGCUCGCAGUGAACGGAUCAUCAUCUGGAUCAUCCUCGUCUACGUCCUCAUCGUCGACCAUCAGCAACCGUCAACCGUCUGCUCGUCAGUUAGUGAAGCAAAGUGCAUCCGCGUGCAUCAGUGUUCCCGGUUCGCCAUCCAGCGGAUUCGUCUCGCUCGGUCCAGACCGGUCGAGUUCGGAAACAGCACCAGCAGGAGCAACCGAAGCGGCCGCUAGUGUUGAGCGUUUGCGGGAAUCGGCAGCGCAUCUCGUGUCGUCCAUCAAGAGCCACCGAUCAACCGCGGAACCGAGGGGCGAACAGGCAAACCGCCGGACGAUGCAGCGACCGAAACCAACGCACGGGCACAAGCGUUCGUACAGCUGUGUCGGUGGUAGCGGCGGGGACGGUGCACCAGGUGCACCAGCGGCCCCGGGCCAACCUUCAACCACCAGCUCUUCUGCCUCUUCCACUUCCUCGUCCCGUUCGCACUCAUUCGCGGAGAUCGUGGAACUCGCGCGCAAACCACCGACCGGAGGACCGGCACCGACGACGGUGACGGAAACAUUUCGGAGGCCAGCACCACCACCACCACCACCAUCACUGCCGAAGCCCUCGGUGCCGGCCGGCGAUGGCGAAGAGCGACCACCGUCGUACGCGGAAGCAGUCCGCGGGGGGGCCACCGCCCCGCCACCCACCGAUACGCAGCGAGCGGCCGAACUGUCGUCGGAUACGCGCCGCCGCUGGAAGUACUAUGCGCGCAAGCAUCAUCGCACUGCAUACCAGGACACUCCUUAGGCGGGUGCAGCGUCGCGAGCGUCGUCACCGGAGGCCACCGGAGUCCCCCACCGGACCGCACCCUCCCUGCUCCGGGUACAUCCUGCUCGACCUCGCCACCGUCCUCUGUGUGAUGCUGCUCGUCGGUGCGUUCGUCCGGGCCCUCUACCUAACGCUUUCCCUGCUCCGUCCUGGCUAGAACCUUCCUUCCCUUCCUAUAGACCUUCAUCCCCCCCCCCCCCCCUCCCAUCGGUCAACGUGUGGUGUCGUCAGCUGGCUGCAUCCGGCGGGACGAGAUGCGGAGACGGCAACCCCCUAUCAACCCCCACCCCGCGAGAGAGAGAGAGAGCUCCAUCAACCUUCCCGCCCCACAUCGAAGUCAACCAUCAACCACUGCUCUGUGUGUGCGUGCGCCCGUCUAUGUGUGUGUGUGUGUCGACUAAAACAAAAAAAAACACAAAAAAUGACCCAAAACAGUUGCAAACCAAUAACGGUAGCAAUCCAAAAAAAAAAAAACGCAAAGCCUGCAAGGAUACCAAAACCAGCCACUAAUUGCCUUAAAUUAACUCCCCCUACCCCUCUCACCGUCUCUUUUCCUGUGCUCUACCUAACACCUGCGAUCCUUUACACUGGGAGCCUCGCCCUUCGCUUUGACACUAGACAGCUUCAGCGCUAAUUGCGUGCGUGCGUG